UUACGUCCCCUGUGUGAUUCAGAGCGUGUGAACGCUUCACACGCGUCUCCCUCCUGGCUGCUGCUUCAGGGUGACAGGAAACGUAGGCAGCUUCAACAGAAGGCAGCAGCAACGGAGCUGAGAGGCACAAACAUGACGAGAAGCAUCGAGGUCCUGCUCCGAGUCCUGCUGCUCUCCAGCCUGCUCCACACAGGUGUGACAGGUCAGAAGGACUCGGUGUUUGUUUACGGCAGACUCGGGGGGCAAGCCCUCCUGCCCUGCAGCAAGCAGCUCCCCUCGGACUGCUCCUCCGUCACGUGGACCUUCUUUAAAGGGGGGCUGGUCCGGUACACUGAGGAGGUCAGCGGGGGUCGGGUGAGGAUGGACUCGGACAAAUCCAGUCGUAUCAGCAUCACGUCCAACUGCUCCAUCAUCCUGCACAGCCUCACGGUGGAGGACGCUGGCUCCUACGUCUGCCUGGAGAACCAGCAGGAGGUGACCGACAUCUACCUCUCCCUCCUCAGCAUCGACUCAUCCUCCCCCAUCACUGACCUGCGGGCGGGAGGAACCCUCACCCUCAGCUGUGUCCUCUUCACUUACUACGACGCAGGAAGCUGCAAGUCGUACUCCAGCGUGUUCCGGCUCCAGUGGAUGGAUGAGAACGGGGAGCAGCUGCCGCAGAACACCAGGUACCAGCUGAUUGAAAACACUCGCUGUAACGUCACUCUGCUCAUAAAGCUGCAGGCGAAGGACAACAACAGGAGGUGGAGGUGUCAGGUGAACACCACACAGAACAGCAGGGCAGCACUGGUGGACUUCAGAUCCUCCUUUCUGUUCCAGAGUCCCUCCACAGAGCAAAGCCUGGAGCCUUUAGCCACGGCGCGGUGUCCCGUAGAGCUGCCCGUCAGCAGGAUCCUGCUGUGUGUGGCUCUGCCGCUCAUGGUCAGCAUCGUUGGCAUCUUCACCUGGAAAACGGACCACAAGAAGGCCAAGAUGUCCGCAGCUGUCGUCGAGCUGCAGGAGGUUCACUGACUGCUGACUUUCAGCCAUUUUUGAGAAUCAAGGUGGGAAUGUUACUGCUGUUUAGUGUUCUAGAUUAGAUUUGGACCUCUAAUUUCUAAUUGUACCUCUAAUUUCCCUCUGGGAUUAAUAAAGUAUCUUUGAUUUGAUUUGAAAUUGAGUGUACUAAAUAAUUAUGAAAAUGUAAAUUAAAUCAAUGAUCAUGAUCACACUGGAAUUUAGAACAGGAAACAGUUUAAAAUGAAUCUGUGUGUGUGUGUGUGUGUGUGUGUGUGUGUGUGUGUGUGUGUGUGUGUGUGUGUGUGUGUGUGUGUGUGUGUGUGUGUGUGUGUGUGUGUGUGUGUGUGUGUGUGUGUGUGUGUGUGUGUGUGUGUGUGACACAUGGUAAUUAUAUAUAAAUAGAUUAUUUCUUCUGCAAAAGGGGGCAGAAAUUAUAAGCUGUUUUUCUUCAUUCUGCUUCUUUUCGUUCAAAUUUGAUAUUUCUGUUAUGUAUUUCUUAUUGUUUGUAUGUUUUACUUGUUUUUAUUUUGAAUUAAAUAAAAAAGAGAAAAGAGAAAGAUAAGAGGGCGUGUUCUGCUGCCCAGACUUCUGUUUCAAAUCAGAUUUUUCAAAUGUAAAACAACUGAAAAGUUUUUUUUGUAAAGUAUUCAGCUUGUUGAGGUAAUGAGAUUACAGAUAUUUUAAGUAAACAGAAUAAAAAUUCUAUGUGGCAGUGAAUUUAUUUUAGUUUUUGAAAUGUACAUUUGGUUUGUCAAACAAGUCUUCUGUAAUCUGAAUCUGAAUUAUUUUUCACUUCUUUUAUUUCAUUGGGUCAACAAAGUAAAAUGACCUUGAAUUUUUUUAAAUAAAACUUUUAUUUAACAAGACGAUUUACAGAAAACAAUUCUUAUUUUCUCUACUGUCCUUUUUGCUUUCCUUGACGUUAGAUGUGUGCGUGCGAGCGUGCGUGUGUGUGUGUGUGCGUGUGUGCUCUAUCUUCUCGAUCCCCAGUGAGUCGUGGAGGAUGGCUGCUUAUACUGAGCCAGGAUUCUCUGGAGGUUUCUUCCUGUUAAAAGGGAGUUUUCCUCUCCACUGUCGCUGCAUGCUUUCUUAGUAUGAGGAUUGCUGUAUAGUCACUGACACUAGUCAGUGACUUGAUGCAAUUUGCUGGGUUCCUUAUAUAGGAAACAUUAUUUUCUGAUUGGCUUAAUGACCUGACCUGGAUUGGAAUGUUUAUUAUGUGAAGUGCCUUGAGACGACUCUUGUUGUGAUUUGGCACUAUAUAAAUAAACUUGAAUCGAAUUGAAUAUUGUGGUGUUUGUGCAAAUAAAGAAAAAUAAAAAAAAAUCUGAGAAAUAUGCUUCUUUGUUAUUUUUAUACACAUUUAUACACAUUUUGGAAUGUUGUCAGUUAAAAUAUCUGAGAUGUAUGGAAAUAAGUGUAAACAUUCAAAAAGCCAAUAUCUUGUUGUUUUGUUUGCAUAUCGAAUUAUCUUAUCUAAAAACAUUCAACCUGCUGAACUUUGAAAAAGUGUUCUUUGUUUACCACGCAUAAGAUCUAAAUAGAUUUAAAUAAGUAAGAUUUCAUUAAUAAGGAAAGACAACUUUCACAGCCAUUUUCAUAAUAAUUUACUCAUUAUUAUUUUUCUAUUCUAAAGUUUUAAUCUGGUUUAAUGCAAACUAAUUUAUUUAUAGUCCAUCUUACUUAAUAAAGUCAAAAUUAAAACUAUUGUUAUUUCUUAAAUUUUAUUGUAGUUGCAAACUGGCAAUGUUAUUCGUAAAUA